CGAAUUCUUAACCAGCUCGGAGCAAAUUCAAAUCAGCGCUCGAUAACUGUCGCCGGCGAGAAUCACGUGACCCGCAAUGUACGGGGUUUCCCAGCUUCUCAUGCUCGGCUCCCUGCCGUUAAUAAGCAGUUGUCCCGGAGUGGUGACACAUCUAGGAGGCUCCUGUUCUCGUUCCGGAGGUUUUUGUUUAAUCCCCAGUCAAAUCAAGCUGGUUCUAUUAACGUCCAAAUUUCGGUUAUUUCCGCCAUGACCUGCUUACGGUGUUCGGCGAUUCAUUGUCCUCGGCUAUUUCCGGUUGCGCUUCGGCUCAUUCCGGAACACGAUCAGGCCACCCUCGGCUAUUUCCGGUUGCGCCUCGGCUGUUUCCGGAACUCGGCCAGGCGGCGCCUCGGCUGUUUCCGGAAACUCACCUCGCCCUCGAUGGCCAGACGAGAGGCAUCAGAAAAGUGAAAGCAACAAACGAGAAGGGAAGUUACUGGAAAACUGUGGAAUGAGAAAAAAAAGUUAACAUUUUUGAUCUAGUGAUCCUUCGUGAACACAUCAGGAAAUCGGAAUCACAUAUCUUCGUGUUUACUUUACCCAACUCAUGAGAGAAUGGUGUUUAAUCGUGUCACAGCUACACACAGUUUACUUUAUCCUGUUAGACCAGGUGCUGCAGCUGGCAAAACGUUAAUUUUCAAAUCAUUUCUGGCCACAGGACUGAAGGAACGCUAAGGUGGUACCGUUUUUCAAGGUGGUGGCAAGAAAAAAAAAGCCAGGAAAGUCUAGGACACCUCUGUUUAGGUUCUGGUAGGGAAACUUGGAAAAUAUUAUGAAGGAUAGAAGUGAUCAGGGUUUGAAAAGGCAAGGAUUCAUCAAGGAUGGUCAGCACGGUUUUGUCAGGGAAGAUCAUGGAAAAAAGCUUGAUUGAAUUUCGGUUCAUAGAGACCUAUCUCAUGGAAACAGACCUAACCUAUCCAUGCUGACCACGUAUCCUAAAUAUCUAGUGCCAUUUACCUGUAUUUGGUCUGUAUCUCUCUACACCUUUCCUGUCAACAUACCUGUCCAAAUGUUUUUUAAAUGUUGUGAUUGUACCUGUCUCUACCAUUUCCCCUUCCAUACAUACACUGCUCUGUGUGGAACAAAAUGCCCCGAGGUCCUUUUUAAAUUUUUCUCCUCUCACCUUAAACCUAUGCCCUCUAGUUUUAGAUUCACCUACCUUUGGCUAGUCACCUUAUCUCUUUCCCUCAUGAUUUCAUACAUGUCUAUUUGGUCACCCCUCAAUCUGUAACACUUCAGCGGAAAGGAAGUCCAAGCCUCUCUUUAUAAUUCAAGCCCCACAGUCCUGGCAAUGUUCUUUUACAUUUUGUCUGCACCCUUUCUAAUUUAACAACAUCCUUCCAAUAGCAGAAUUGCAAUAUUCCAAAAGUGGUCUCACCAAUAUCUUGUGCAGCCACAACAUGACAUCCCAACCCAUGUUCUCCACCUCCUGCAAGACUUUAAUUUCCCUGGUCCCCAAUGCCUCAUCUUCACCAUGGACCUCCAGUCCCUGUACACAUCUAUCCACCAUGACUUAAGGCCUCCAAGCCCUCCGUUUCUCCCAGCGUCCCGAACAGUACCCCUGCAUUGACGCACACAUUCGUUUGGCUGAACUGGUCCUCACCCUCAAUAAUUUCUCCUUUGAAUUCUCCCACUUCCUCCCAACCAAAGGGGUAGCCUUGGGCACCUGCAUGGGCCCCAGCUAUGCCUGUCUCUUUGUCAGUUACUUGGAACAAUCCACCUUUUGCAGUUAGACUGGCACCAUUCCCCACCUUUUCUUCUGAUAAUUGUAUCAGCACCAACCCGUGCUCCCACGAGAAGGUUGAUCAGUUCAUCAACUUAACCAACACAUUCCACCCCGACCUUAAGUUCACCUGGACCAUCUCGGACACUUCCCUCCCCUUCCUGGACCUCUCCAUAUCUAUCAAUAGUGACCGACUCAACAUAGACACCUUCUACAAACCCACCGACUCCCACAGUUACCUGGACUACACCUCCUCUUAUCCUGGCACCUGUGAAAACGCUAUCCCUUAUUCCCAAUUCCUCCACCUCCACUGCAUCUGCUCCCAGGCGGACCAGUUCCACCACAGAACAUACCAAUUGGCCGCCCAUCCCACAUGGUCGAUGAUACCCUCCAGCGCAUCUUAUCCACUUCCUGCAUCUCUGCCCUUGAACACCAUCCCUCCAACUGCAACAAGGGCAGAAUCCUCUGGUCCUCACCUUCCACUCCACCAAUCUCCAUAUACAUCGCAUCAUCCACUGCCAUUUCUGCCACUUACACAGGGACCCCACCACCAGAGAUAUAUUUCCCUCCCUGCCCUAUCCGCUUUCCAUAAAGACCAUUCCCUCCGUGGCUCUCUUGUCAGGUCCAAGCCCCCCCCAUCAACCCAUCCUCUUAUCCCGGCACCUUCCCUUGCCACUGCAGGAAUUGCAAAACCUCUGUCCACACCUCCUCUCCCCUCCCCUCCCGCCCCCACUUCCGUCCAAGGCCCCAAAGGAGCCUUCCACAUCCAUCGGAAUUUUACCUGCACCUCCACACAUCUCACUUACUAUAUCCGCUGCUUCCAAUGCGGUCUCCUCUACAUUAGGGAGACAGGACGCCUACUUGCAAAAUGCUUCAGAAAACAUCUCUGGGAAACCUACAUCAACCAACCCCACUGCCCCGGCUAACAUUGUUUGUCUCAUACGCUCUUGGCAAGGAUACACCUAGGCAUGGUACAUUGGCAAGACCAAGCAGACGCAACAACAACGGAUAAAUGGAAACCACGCAACAAUCAUCAGACGGGGUGUUUCCCCCCCACUCGGGGAACACUUCAGCAGUCAGGGACAUUUGGCCUCGGAUCUUCGAGUGACCAUCGUCCAAGGCGGACUUUGGGGUAGGCAACAAUGCAAAGUGGCCGAGCAGAGGCUGAUGGCCAAGUUUAGUACCCGUGAGGAUGGCCUCAACCAGGACCUUGGGUUCAUGUCACACUACAGGUCACCUCACUACACUGUGCACUUUUUCACACACACACACCUAUGCUUACAUACUCACACACUCAUGCAGACCCUCUCUCAUAUACACUCUCUCACUUGCACACACACACACAUACACCCCCACACUCACACCCAUGCACAGACUCUGUCACAGGCUUAUACUCCAUCAUACCCAAACACACACCUUAUCAAGCUUUCACACAUGCAAACACACACUCAAGUGUACUCACACGCACACACUUACUCUCUUAUGCAUGUGUACACACAUAUAAGUCUAUGGGGUGAAUUUGUAUUUGCAGAUUAUAUUUUCAUAUCCAUUCUAUUUUGCACAAAAAUACACAAUCUGCAGGCAGUCAAUACAUGUAAUAUUUUGUAAAUACUGCUUUGGAAAUAGAACCAGUCUGACUCAAGAUUGGGAUAUAGCCAGACCCAACAUCUUUAAAACAUUGUCUGAGAUGAGAUGUCAUCUUUUGCUAUAAAACCUUAAGUUAUCUCAAGAAGGUGACUUAAAAUAAGUUCUGGAAUUUACGUAUUAAUGAACCGAAACCUGCAACCCAUUCUAAUAGAUAAAAGACUUAACAACAAUCCAGGUUGUUCAAUAUAUCAUUUCAGUUGCAUGACACUGUAACCUUUUGCUAUAAAUUCUGUGUCUUAUGGUGUUAUUCUCCACAACCACCUGAUGGAGUGAUAGUGCUUCCAGAAAAACCUGUUGGACUAUAAACUUGAUGUUGUGUGAUUUUUAACUUCUACCAUUAAGCUACUUUCGUAUUCAAUUGGCUAUCUCUUCCUGGAGAUAGUGAGGACUGCAGAUGCUGGAAACCCUGAUGAAGGGUCCUGCCUGAAACAUCGACUAUCCUGCUGUGCUUUUUCCAGCUCCACAUUUUAUCUCUCUCUGGAUCUCAUGUGACCUUACUAACCAGUCUACCAUGUGGGAUCUUGUCAAAGGCCUUACUAAAAUCCGUGUAGACAAUGUCAACUGCUAUUCCUUCAUCUGUCUUGGUAACCUCUUAAAAAAAAUCAAAUUUGUGAGACACGAUCACCAAUGCCAAAAGCUAUGCUGACAAUGCCUAAUCAGUCCUUGCCUUUCCAAAUGCAUUUGAUUUACAAAGAGGUGACUAACUGUGUAGGUGAGGGUAGGCCUUUGACAAGAUCUUGACAAGUUUGGCAGAUUGAUUAAGAAACUGAGAGCCCACAGAAUACAGGGCAGUUUGGCAAUACUGUCCACUUGGCUGGAUUCAUUCAGCUCCAACCACACUCAUAAAGCAGCAGGAUAAAGCAGCCUGCUUGAUUAGCACCACAUCCUCAAACAUUCACUCCCUCCUAAACUGAUACUCAAUAGGACAAUUUAUGUAAUCUACAAGAUACACUGGAAAAAUUCAAUAUUCCUUUGAUAGUAACUUCCAAACCGACAGCCACUACCAUCAAGAAGGACAAGGGCAGCAAAUACAUGAAAAUACCAGCACCUGUAAGAUCCCCUCUAACUCAUUCUUCAUCUGACUUGGAAAUAUAUCACUGUUCCUUCAGUGCCACUGGGUCAAAAUCCUGGGACUCAGCACUGUGGGUAUAUCUACACUGAAUGAACUGCAGCAGAUCAAGAAGGCAGCUUUCCACUCCCACCUCAAGGGCAACUAAAGUUGGCCGAUAAUUUCUGGACCCACAUCUUCUGAAUAAAAUAAAGCAAAGAGUUUAAAUUCCUCCUGCCUGCACAAUUGCACCAACAUAACCUUCAAAUGCUCUGUUUGCCACCACUAGCUUUAAAGCAACUCUGUUCAUUCACAACAAUGUCUGUAGCCCUAACUCACUCCUUUUGUGGUCCCUGUAAUGUCUGUAAGGUGAUGAACCUCUGUGCUGGUUGCAACCUGACUACUCCCUCCAAAGUACACAAACCAGAUAGCAAUCAUGAGACAUUGUGACUAGAUCAUUGUGGGAACCACUGUUAUUUUAAUGAUUUAAUCUGCUGCCUCCUAACUCACCUGAACAUUCUGUUUUAUUUGUACCCUUCCAUAUAAUUCCCUGCUUCUUUAAUUGUUUAACAAAUGCAAAUCCCCAGAGACAAAUAAUCACCACCUCAUUUGUUAAGUUAGUUAGUCUGCUACUUUGAGGGACACUGCUUGGGAGUGUGCAUUAUUGUCUGUCCACCACCGCGUAUCAUAUUUGUACUGAGGCUCCAGCGAUGGAGGUAGGCUGCACAGGGGCAGGAGAUUAUUCUAUACUUCCUAGAUAACUGGCAACCCAAAUCACUUCAUUCUUCUCUCCAGAAGCACAGCCUCAUUGUCUGAUUCAUUACUAGAUCAAAUACUAAUGGUUUGUCCUUGACCCACUCGACAAGGGCCUCUUUCAUCGUGGAACUUCAAACCUGUCAUUCAACAAAUGGGAUUAGUCACUACUAGUGAGUUCCCCUGUUUCCUUGAACUAAAGGACAUUCUUUACUCAGGAAGGCUGGUCAUAUGAGGCACCGAGAAGGAAGGCAGGCAGUAGGUGAGUUGAACAGGUUGUUGAGGAGUGGAUAAAUGAGGUGUAGCAUGGAUGAUUUGAAUCAGCCUAUGGCGUUUCACUGGAUGUGCAGGGGAGUGAUAUUUGUGAAGACGGGAGACAGUGUUGAGCAGAAGUUUACAGCUGUGAUGCCCAUUUAUCGUACACCCACUCGAUGACCAUUUCCAAACAAUUGCACAGUAGUCUAUGGAUUAUGAUCGGUCAUGUCUUUCUUUCCAGGACCCUCUGACACCAUAUUUCUCCAAGAAGGAACCAAGGCCCUUGUAGAUGCAGUUGUCAAGAGUAGAGGAGUUAUCUUCCCAGAGGACCUGCAGAGGAACCCUCAGCACCAGACCAUGGUUUGAGAUCGCCACCUGGACCAGUGCCAUCUCCAUGCAGUAAGAAGACUAGUCAACCCAUGAAGGGCAUAUUGCCAGUAUAUUGGAGGAUGCCAAGAUGGUGGUGAUGCCUCCUUGAAAGUUUGAGGUGAUGGCGCUGAUGUCCAUGAUGGAACAGUAUGUGAAGCUGGUGGUGAUGAAUCGAAGCCUGCUCCCAUUUUAUCCGUGACCGACAUGGAUUCUCUGGAGCAAGCGGUGAGUUUGCAUUGACCCGAAUGACUCUGGCACAUCCCACCAUGGCCCUGAAUUAUUCAAUGGACAAUAUGGAUCCUGUGUUCCCAGGCCUUCACCUCCUCUUUGAGUUGAAGCCUCUCUUCAUCCCGCUCUAUGUGGUGCUGGUGAUUGUGGCUUGUUCUGGUAACCUCCUCCUUGUGGCUAACAUCUCCGUCACCAAGAAGCUUCACACGACCACGAACUUUCUCAUUGGCAACCUGGCCGCCUCCGAUCUGGUAAUGUGCAUCUUCUGUGUUCCAAUUACUGCGUCCUACGCAUUCGAAACCAAAGGGUGGCUUUUCGGGAUCUUCAUGUGCUACUUCAUCACCCUCAUGCAAUCCACCACCGUCUAUGUGUCUGUCUUGUCCCUCACUGCCAUAGCUGUGGACAGGUAUGUGGUGGUGGCAUACCCAAUCCACCAAAGAAUCAGACCACGGUACUGUGUCUAUAUCGUUGCCUUUAUCUGGUUGGUCUCCAUUGGUGUUUCAAUGCCAUCGUACUUACACACCAACUACUUUGCCCUCAAACAUGCUGGGUACAACAUGCUUAUCUGCGAGGAGAACUGGACUAACUUGGAAGGGCAAAGGCUGAUCUAUUCCUGUGUCAUGCUGCUGCUCUCCUACAUGCUCCCACUCUGCGCUGUCUCCAUUUCCUACUGCGCCAUAUCCCACCACUUAAAGAAAAAGAAGGUGCCCGGUGCAGCCUCCUACAACCAGGAGAAGUUGUCAAGGAGGAGGAGGAGGAGGCGGACUUUCUGGAUGCUAGCCAUUUCUGCCCUGUCCUUUGCCCUGUGCUGGUUGCCUCUGCAGACCGUCAAUCUGAUACGGGACAUUGACAUCAACAUCAUAGACAAGAGCUACGUUAAUGUGAUCCAGGUCUCCUGCCAUUUGGUUGCCAUGAGCUCCGCCUGUUACAACCCCUUCAUCUACGCCUCCCUCCACAACAAGUUCCGAGUUCAGCUGAGAAACCUCCUGUUCUGCAACAAGAGGCAGACAACCAGUAGCACAGUCAGCCAAACCUCCCGCUCGAGAUAUACGAUCACCUCUCUAGAUGCGCCCACUGCCAUCAAUUUAAAGGACAAGCCCUGUUUGAGAUAAAGCACCUUACCUCCCUUGGAUGAAAUGCCCCUCUGCUCCAUUGAAUCUAUCAAGGCACAAUAGCUAAAGGCCCAAAAGAUGGGCCUGCCCACCCUCCCCCACCCCAUUGCUCCAUCACUCGAUCAGCCCAACUGUACUCCUUUGGAGAAGAUAUGGCAUUUUGCAUAGAUCUCCGAUUAGAUCCAACCCAACGCAAUGCCUCACCCCAAGACACCCAAACGGAGCCGAAGUCACCAGGUUGGAACCACUGGACUGAACUCGGAAAUUAGCAACACAAAGAAUCAAUUUAAAUAACUGCUGCUCGUUGUGAGACGAAGAGGCUGCACCGUCCAUGUCGGGAACCAGUUGACACUUCAGAUGUUUACCAGAGUGUGUUCCCUCCAAAGUAAAAUGUUGACUCUCCGUUGGGCAGCCCAAGAGGCACACGGCGAUGGCGAUUGAGCGACUGUAAUGAGAAGGAAAUUGUAUAAGAGACAGGAGAAACCAUCUGACUUUGCAAAGUGCUGGCUGUGUUCCCUCCUUGUGCCCAUCCAACUGAACUGUCACCGAGUGUUAUCUUAACUCUGUCUGCCUAUUGGUCUUCUGCCUCUCAUUAGCCUUGCCUAACAACAGCCAUAAUCUUACUUUGGAAAUUUUCAGUUGCCCCCCCCCACCUGCCAAAAGCUCAGCAACUUCUUGGGACGAGAGAGAUCCAGAUAUCCAGAUUUCCAUACUGUUUGUGUGAAUUGAUGCACCUUGAGUUCAUUAGAUUAAGUCUGGAAGCUAAGCAAAUCAGGCCAAGCUAUAGGGCAGCUGAUUGACAUGCAUGGACAGGAGAGUCUAACCCUCUGAAUAAAAACUCCCUGACAUUUGGGUUUUUGCUGUAGAAUAACACAGGAACAUGUGGUCAACUGUGAGUGUUUUGUGAUACAACAAUAUGAGUCUAAAACAGAAUAAUUGCCGCAAGGAUAGGUAACAAAGUAUGUUGUGAGGAGGCCAUCCAGGGUUUGCAAUAUAGGUUAAUUGAGUGGUCAGAAAUUUGGCAAAUUGAGUAUAAUGUGAUAGCGUCCUUUUUGGUUGGAAUAAAGUAAAGAAGCACUUAAUCUAGAUGGUGAGAGGUUGCAGAGCUGUGAGGCGCAGAGAGAUCUGGGUGUCUUAGUGCAUGAAUUACAGCAGGUUAGUAUGCAGGAAGUAGUCAGGAAAGCUACUAAAAUGUUAUGGUUUAUAGCGAAAGGAAUUAAAUACAAAAGUAGUGACGUUAUGCUUCAGUUGUACAGCGCACAUACAGUUGGUGAGGGCACAUCCGGAGUACUGCGUACAGCGCUUGUUUCCUUAUUUAUGGAGGGAUGUAAAUGCUUUUGAAGCAGUUCAGAGAGGGUUUACUGAAUUAAUACCUGGAACCAUUUGUUAUAUGAAGCAAGUUUGAUCAGGCUAGGCUGGAAUUUACAAGACAAAGAGGUGGCUUAUUCAAAACAUAAGAUCCUGAGGGUCUUGAAAGGAUGACUAUCAGGAAAGGAUAUUUUCUUUGGUAUACAGAGCUCGGAGUCAAUAAGGUUUACAUGAAGAUUUGUAGUUCGGGUUGUGGAUGAGGUAGUUGGUUAGCUGGCCGAGCUGCUGUAUUUUCGUGCAGCCGUUUCAUUACCAUACUGGAUCAUGUAGUUUAGUAGCCAGUUGGUGUUUGUGAAGUGAUGGUUCACUCUCCCUCAUCUCCGUACAUACAGACUAAAAGGGCCAUCGAUUCAAUUAUGACGAAGUUGCUAUCCUUGGGCAGGCCAACCGGAGACACGCAAGAGAGUUCUUGGAAGCCUUUUGAACCAAAAAGGCCAUCAUCAAACGCAACGAGGUAGACCCGGUGUGCACACUGCUGCAGAGAAGACCUGGAAGUGACACUCGCCCCAACAGACUGGACCCACACAAAAACCAACAGUGCGUUAUGGAAGUCAUACUGAUGAUGUUACCCAGCAUGCUGACAAAACAUCUGCACGAUAACCCAGCAGCUCAGUGAGCUAACCAACGACCCCCAGGAGUCAAUGUCUUAAAAGAAGGUGUUGCCCAUUUUAGGUAGAAACAAGGCAAGUUUUGAAUCUUUGGAACCCUCUUGCUUGACAGGCUGGGGAGAUGGAACUUUGCAGAUUUUUAAGGAUGAGGUGGAAAUGAAUGACUAUGGGGGAUUGUGAAAUAGGCAGAA